AUGAUUGUGACUUCUACUCCUCUACAUUCAGCAUUGGCUCAGAUUAACACCUGUGCUAUUGCUAAACAAAUUAAAGUUACAAAUACACCACGAAGAGUCACAUUUAAUGUCCAUAGAACAGGUAAAAGGAAAUUGCAGGGUGAUGGGUCCAAAUCUGCUAGAGAUCUUGCCAUUGCAGAAUAUUAUAAGUUUAAAAAACUAUGCCUGGAGUCAAAAUUAGAUAAUAUACUAUUAGAAAAUAAGAAACUUAAAUUAGAAAAUGAAAAACUUUUAUUAGACAUAGAAAAUUUAAAAAAAUAG